CACGGGCCCGGUAUCUAUAGAUCGUGAGUCCUCGUGCUACCAAGUGCCGAUCACCUCGGCCGCCCGCUCGUGCUUCGACUGGCUCCUUAAAUGGCCAUCGUUGUGGUCCUCAAGGUCGGUCGGAUAGUUCGUGGGUCGAAACGUUGGUUAACCUCAUCGCUGGGUCAUGGGAAUUGAUUUGUGGCUGAAAAUGGACUCGCGAGCAAAGAAAAUAUUCGGAUCUGGGCCAACUCGGUCCACUCUCUUUGGGCCUCCAGGACGAGGCCCAAUUUGACCCGAGGCUCCGCUCCUUAAUAGCCGUUACAGAAAUCGGUCUGGACACCUCAACGGUCAAAAAUGGAGAGGGCUGUUUGGAAUUCAAAAGAGGUCUGCACUAUAAACAGUACCGCCCCGCUUCCCAACGGUCGAAUUCUCCAUCUUCAGCCCUUCUGCUAUCUCCCUCCAAUCCAUCUUCAUCCCUCCCGCUAUCUCCCUCCAAAAAGAGAAGUAAAUCAAGAAACUGAAGAAACUGAAAGUCUAACCGAAAUUCGUCGGCAUGGAUGUCAUCGAGAGUCCCUCCUCUUCUUCAGCUAAAAGAUCUCCCAAUGUGAAGCCCUCUGUUUCUGAUGAGAAAGAUCAAAGUCUUCAUUUUCGGCAAUUAGGGUUCUGCAACACGAAGAAUCCUUCACCGAAGAAGAAUCUGCCCUCUGGGGGAGCUUCAAAGGUUACUCCUCCAGAGAACAAGGUCUUAACAGAAAGAAACAGAUCCAACCACCCAGUCGGAAACAUCCCCAUUUCCUAUUCAGAGCCCGUCAAAGCGAGCCCCAGCACCAGCGGUUCCAAGAUAUCCCCAUCCUCGUCGGCCGAUGGGCACGGCAAGGAAUCUUUGCUUCCUUACGGACAGUACACGAAUUACCUAUCUCCGCGGCCCCAGUUCCUCCGGUACAAGCCAGAUAGGCAGCGAGAGUUCGCGCUUCGCCUGGAGAAAGAGAAAGAGGUGGGGAAAGGAAAGGAGGGAUCAAGUUUGGGCGGGAGUCCUAACGAGACGGGAAAUGUCAAUGGAGAGGGAGCUGGCUCGGUUAGCUCCUGUGACAUUCUGAAGCUAGAAGGGGAAGAAGAUCAUGGGGAUAGUGAUGAUGAAGUUGAAGAGGAGGAGGGAGAAGAAGAGCAGAGAAGCUCAAUUUGCCAAGAGCUACUCAAGACCUUGCUUUUGCUUGUAGUGCUGGUAUUUCCAGCCUCAUCAUAUAUGUCCGACAUGAACUCAGCUUCGUCAAUUUCACACGAAGUUGGGGUCAGUGAAGAUGGGUACUGGAGAAUCGAGAAUUUUACAUAUGAAGAAACUGCUUUACAUGGGAGAGCUCUUGGGCUUGGAUGUGGCUCAAACCUCAUGAAUCAUGCACGUGAAUCUGAAAAUGAAGUCGGUUUUUUGGUGAAGAACGUGGACAGUAUUGAUGAGCUUGAAGAUCAAGAGGAGGUGGUUGAAUUCGGGCUAGGAGCUAUUGAAAAUAGUAAUGACGACGGAAAUGAGGAGGGAUUGGCUGUGGUCGAUGUCGGGGAGGAACCGGAGCUGAGUUUGGAGGACAGUUCUCAUACUGAUCAGGGAAUUGUUAAACCAGAUGAGGUUUCUGAUCAACUGACUGAAGGUUUUGAGUUGCAGCAGAGCAAAAAUGCAGAGAACUUGGACUUUGAAAUUCCUACUGCCUUGGAUAUGCAAGCCACUCUGCCAUGGGAACCAGAAACUCAGACAUCGGUGCGAAUUGAAGUCGAGAAAGAAUGGGGAAGAACUGAUGAGGAAAGUGGAGUAAAUUUCCCCAUCGGAAAGCCUGAAGCAGAAUUGAACAAUGAAGUGCUUAUGGUUCGCAUUGGAACUGAGUCGAUUUACAAUGCUAUAAUUGGUUUAUUAGCUGUGUCAUUGGCGAUUUCCGCAGCUUUCCUCUUCCGCCUGUUCUCGAAAGGCAAAAGGAAUCCAGCCAAUCCUGUUUGUUCUUCUCCUUUGAAGAAACAACUGUGUCCUGAACCUGUGGCUGAAGAAAAGCACGAGCCGCAAUUCCAGAAGAAAGAACAGGACUGCACCGAGCCACUUGUUCCAAAUUCAAUUAAAGAUCCAUCUCCCAUUUAUGCACCGGAGGAAGCCAGUGCACAGUCUAACCAAAGUCGAGCACCGAAAAUCGAGCUGCUCGGAGAAUUCGUGGUCGGAGAGCUGAGCAGCUCGCACAGGAGCAGAGAAGUGAAAAGCAAGAUGAUUGGCAAAGUCGAAGAGAGCACAAAUUCUGUGUCCACGGAUAAGUCACGUAUCAAAGUCAAUGUGACACAGCCGACUUUCUCGGGAUUUUCUUCCAUGGACUCCCCUUCACAUGGAAGCUUCACUGCUGACAGGAACUUUAAGAAGCCACAGGAGGAUGGAACAGGAGAAUCGAGGACGGCUGUUGCAACGUCUGCCAGGAGAUCUAGCCGAAUUCAGAACACUCCGGUGAGGCGAUCUAGCCGGAUCCGGAACCUAGCGAUUCAAUCUCCAUAAAUCUCAUUGCUCUCAAAUCAGACUAGAACAGCAACCUCUGUUGCUUCAUUUUAGUACUUCGGAAAAUCAAAAGCUCGACAGCUCCAGCAUUCUUUGUUGUUCUUAGGACUUUCAUUUAGCUUUUGUACGUUCUUAGAACUUUCAUUUA